AUGCGUCUCUCCAAACUCUCGUUUCUCCUCCACGCUCUGCUCCUGGCCGCGGUCGCGGCUCAGGAUCAGAAGCGGGAUAGUUCCGAUCUGAUCUCCGAUGUUACCGGCAACACCGAUUCAUCUAGUGUUUCUUCGGCUGACGCUGCCACCUCGGCCACUCCCGAUGCUACAUCUUCGACAUCUUCGUCUACAUCAGAGUCCGAAUCAGAGACUCCUACCCCGACAUCCACUUCCAGCUCCAGUACCUCUACCACCACCACCACCACCACUAGCGAGGAGCCUUCAUCCACCAGCUCUUCUUCCUCUUCAUCCGAGCCUGCGAAAACCAGCGCCGAGGCUACCUCGUCUAGCUCCUCCAGUGAAGCUGCCGCAACAACUUCUGCCGAUGACAAGAAGACCACUUCUACCUCGUCGACCACCUCCACCACCCCGACUCCUGUCACCGAGACCUAUACCUCAUACGAAACUCUGAGCCACACCACCCUUGCCAAUGUGGUGACCUCUACUGGUCUGUCUAGCUCUACCGACGCUGCUAGUCUCGGUACCGACAACAAGGGUUCUUCUUCAAGCAGUGGUCUUUCAUCCUCGGACAAGAAGAUCAUUAUCGGUGUCGUUGUUGGUGUCGGUGGCGCCAUCAUCCUCGGUGCCAUUGGUGUUGUUUUCUGGCGCAUCCAGAAGAAGCGCAAUGAGGCUUUCGGUGACGAGGACGCUGACCUCAUGGGCGGCACCGCUGUUGGUGCCGGCCCACGUGAGAAGGCCCCCAGCCCAGGCGGCGGUACUCCCUUCAAGAACACACUGGACCAAUACCACAACCCUGGCCCUGUCAAUGCCGCAUCGAACUUUUAA